AUGGGGGAUUUCAAUGAAGUCAGAUUGAUGGAUGAAAGAAAAUAUUGCUCUAAUAUUUCUAGAGGCAUGAAGGAUUUCUGCGAUUUUUAUGAUGCUAAUGAACUGAUUGAUAUCCCCAUUCAUGGUGCUAAGUACACUUGGAUUAAAAAAGGAUCUCUCACCUCAAUGAGUAAAAUUGAUAGAUUCAUGACAACAGCUGACUGGGAUGAUCAUUUUACGGGUAUUUUGGUUAAAGCUUUAGGCAGGCCUUUCUUGGACCACAAACCAAUUAUUCUUACUUGUGAUUUAGAGGAUUGUGGAGCUCCUCCUUGGAGAUGUGAAAGCAUGUGGCUGCUCGAACCAGGAUUUCUAGAUCUAUUGGAGACUUGGUGGGUUUCGUUGGCUAAUAAUUUCACGGGGUCUUCCGGUUUUAUUUUAACGAAAAAAUUACAAGCCUUGAAGGGUAAAAUCAAGGAAUGCAAUAGAAAUGUCUUCGGGAAAAUUGAUAGAAAGUGUGAACAGAACUAUCUCCUUAUUCAAUGGUUGGACCAAAAAAUUGAUGAUGAAGAUAUUUCAGAGUCUGAAGUUAUAACACAUGAUAACCUGAUGCUUGAGAGUGAAAAACUUGCUGACAUGAAGGAGCAUUUCUGGAGGGAUAUAUCUAGAAUCAGGUGGAUUGAAGAUGGUGACCGAAAUACUAGUUAUUUUCAUCGUAUAGCAAAGAUUCGAAGAAUAAGAAAUACAUUUUGUAGUUUGAAAAUUGACUCUGUCAUAGUGGAAGACAAGAACCUGAUUAAGAGCAGCAUCAUAGACCACUUCAUCUCUCGGUUUAAGUUAACAGACAACACUAAUAUUUCUAUUGGGGAGUUGAAUUUCAAAACCUUAUCAGUCGAGGAUGCAGUAUGGAUAGAAAGGCCUAUUCUUAUAGAGGAAGUACUAUCUGCCCUUAAACUUCUUGGUCAAAAUCGAGCACCCGGUCCUGAUGGUUUUCAGGUUGGUAUUAUUUUGAGGUGUUGGAACUUUAUGAAGGAUGACAUUAUGCGUGUAGUGAAGGACUUCGAAACUUCAGGUAAAAUUGAUUGGAGGCUUAAGUCGACGUUCCUUGCUUUAAUUCCUAAGAAGUAG